AUGGAAUCCGGCCCCACGACGGCAAUUGGGGAUGUUGCGACUACCUCAUGUGAAAGAUGUAGGAGACGCAAGAUUAAAUGUGACCGACAAUGCCCCUGUGCGAGCUGCAAGAAGGCUGGAACGCAAUGUGUCGUGUCUGGAUCUGGAGAGAAGCAAAGACCUGUUCCAAAGAGUUAUGUUCAAGCCCUGGAACGUCGAGUGGCCUCGCUCGAGCUCUUCAUCCAACAGCUCGCCGCCGCCGAUAAGUCGCGUAGGGAUGAGCUGCUCGCUAGCUACAUACCGGAGCCGGGCAAAACUGGCGACUUUGGCAUCAUCCCUUCCCGGAAGACGGAAAGCAGCCCCGAGGCUGCAACCGAGCACGAGCUCGUGCUGGCCCGGGCAAGAACCGGUCAGCUGAGGAAGCACAAGGCCGGCAAGUCGUCGCAAUUCUUCGGGGGCACGAGUCUAUUCCAGAUCCAUCACACCAGCGACUGCACACCCUCUACAACCUCUCUCGUAACAGACGAUGAAACACAUGAUGGGGCUCUCGGGGCAGACGAAGAUGGCUCGCCCCCUCUCUUUCCCGACCCAGCCGCAAUAGCAGCGGGCCAUUUCCCCUACUCCCCCCACGAUGAAACAAGUCAAAAGACUAUGACCAGUUUCUUCCGGGACCAGUACCCCUACCACAUGUGCGUGUACCGCGAGUUCUUCCUGCGCGACUACGACAUCGCCAUCGGGCCCUACUACUCCGAAGUCCUCCUAUACUCUAUCUGCGCCAUGGGCGCCCUAUCCCUCUCCUCGCCAAAUAUGCUCGCCAUCUCCUCCACCUUCGCUCUCCACGCCGAGACUCUCGUCUACGCCUCAUUGGACAAACCGGACCUGACGAUUCUACAGGCCCUGAUGCUGCUUGGUUAUCAUGCCAUCGGCCAUGGCAAGGCGUCUAAGGGGUGGCUGUUCUGUGGCAUGGCGUUUCGGCUCGCUCAUGAGAUGGGCCUACAUCUCGACCCGAGCAACUGGAAUAACAGCUCGGCGGCGUCUUCCGAACCGCAGAUCGAUCGCGAGAUUCUGCGCAGAGUCUACUGGGCUGCUUUCAACGCCGACAAGCAGCUGAGUCUGUACUUUGGCCGUCCUCCGGCGCUGUAUCCACACGAGUCGGAUGUAAGGAACACGAUCCGGAUUCCGUAUCCGGCCGACUGGCAGGGACUUUUGGAAACGUAUAUGGCGUCGAAGGGCAUCUCGGCGACGGCGUACGAAGAUGGUAUCAGUCUGGCGGGAAGUUUCAUUUACCGAGUCGAGCUGUACAAGAUCGUGCACACUAUGAUCACGGACUUGUUCGAGAACCGGCGACACCACGCCGAUAGCGGCGUGUUGGCGGCCACGGCGCAGCGUAUUCACGUCUCGCUGAAUAAGUGGCUGGCUACUUUGCCGGGUAAGCUGUAUUGGAAUCAGUGGAGUAAUGGAAGGGUGCAGCCGUUUGUUCUGCAUUUGCAUAUGCUCUUCCACACUACCAUGAUAAUCCUCCACCGUCCCCCCCGGCACCUCUUCCUGAAACCGGGCAUCUCCACCAGCGACGAUGUCGAAAUCUGUUUCGAAUCCCUACAAGCACUCCUGCGGCUCCUGCGCACCUACUCCAAACUCUCGUAUCCUUUUUCCGCUCUUCCCAUCGACGUCGUCCAUACCCUUAGCGUUGCCGCAGGGACUAUUGUCAUGAAGCGCAUAAUGGAGAUGGGAGAUGAUGAUGUGGGUACGAGGAAGUCUAUGGAGGUUGUCUUGAAUGCGAUGGACGAGAUUCAGUAUACGUGGCCUUGUAUUGUAGAGAUUAGGGAGAGUGUUGUGAGGGCGUUGGAGGGUACGACAACGGCCGCAACGAGGGAUGCUUCCGGGACUGCUUCGGGCGCUGGCACCACUACCAAUGCUGGUGCUAUUGAUACUACUAUGAGUGGCCAGCACAACCCCCCCGGCCCGGACCCCAUCCUCGACUUCGGCUUCCUCGCCGACUUUAGCGCCAGCAGCAGCGGCGGCGGCGGUGGUGAUACCGGUGUUCCUCCUGCUUCAGGGACAGUGGUCGCCGGGGACGCCAAUUUUUCAAUCUCGGAAGCGGAUCUGGGAUUGUUGCUGACUGAUGAUUUCUUGAUGGGGCAAUUUUCAUGGGAUGAUCCUUCUCCGGAUGACCCGACAUUUCGUUUUGGUGAGACCUUUUAG